AAAUCGUUCAUUUAAUUUUAGGUAACUGUACUAGACAUUUUGAAUAAAACAGAGCAAGGGAGAUCAAUUUUAGAAUCCUAUCGCCUCAAAAAUUGUUUGACUCAGAACAGAACAGAAGGCAAAAGUCGUAGAAGUGGAAGAUCAUUCCAAUGAAGAUCGUAUUGUGGAACCACUAAAUUCUAACGAGAUGCAAAAAAUUUGCGAUGAGCUAAAACAAAACCGCGACUGGGACACCGUUAUUAAGCAAUGGAAGCAAACAAUGUCAAUGAGGAGGGAUAUGAUAAGCCAGAGUAAUGACAACGACAUUCAGACAGUCCUCCAGGAAUGGCCGCUUUACAAAUUUUCACGAGCGCCAGAACUGAUUGCCAUGGAUUUUGAUUUUUUAAGGCCAAACAACGGGUUUGACUUUUCGAAGUGGGAGCAAUUUUCAAAAAUUGCCAUCAAAUUCUUCAGUGAGAGGGUGAAGUGUAGCGGGCUUAAAUCAUACCUCAAUGAGGUCAAAGGAAUGGCUGACCUUGACAUAGGUAGUGCACUUCAAUCAAGGAGGAAGAAAGAUGGAAAAAAAUGGUUACCUCUUCCACUUGGAGAGGAAUAGAGGAGAAAAAAGCUUGUGGUGCUGUGCUGAAAGAGAGUCUUUGCGAUACACUGCAAGACUUCACACAGUAGAUGUUGGUGACGUGGUGGUGGUUUCCAAAAAGCUGAACGACCAUACCCACGCUCCUAUGGCUUUCCAAAAGGAAGUCCAUAAAGCCAACCACCAAAUUAAGCUUAAAGCCAAAGAGGCACUGCCCCCUAGCGUUAUAAUCAAGGAUACAAUUACAAUGGUCGAGCCCGCUUGUCGACCAAGCCUCCCUCAAAGGCAGCUCAAAAGAUGAGAAUUCAUCGAGUCCGAGAAAGCCAUAUUAAAGAGUCAUUUACGCUGGAGGAGAUUUUCAUUCCGGAACACAUUAAAUAUACCGACGGAGAGCUCUUUGUACUUUUCGAGGAUUCAUACCCGGGCGGCAAGAACAUUUUGUUACUCACAAGGCAAAUCAUUCAGCUUUUGUCGGAGGCAAAAUUCUGGCUGGUGGAUGUUACAUUUGCAGACGUGCCAACAAUAAUGGGACAAUUGUUUUCCGUCCAUGGCCAUAUUGAUGGAAUUGUUGUCCCCCUUGUCUAUUGCCUAAUGAGCCAGAAGUCUAAGAAGGCGUAUGAAGAGUUUUGGCUUCAACUUCUCAAAUGAGCCUGCGAAUUUAAUAUCUCGCUUAAUCCAGAAAGGAUAACUUCGCCCAAACAUUUUUUCCAAACACCCAGACCAACGGGUGUCUAUUUGUUAAAGUUUACGUAAAAGUAAAAAAAUAUCGUUUGUUUGUUUCGCAUGAUUUUUUUUUUUUUAAUCCUUCACCCUUCAAGUGGUCACCAACCGAAAUUAAAGGCCUCAUUAUGUUUCUGUGGAUUAUAAAAUAAAUUUGUAUUGAUAAGCGGAUUUCUAUUCAUUUCUAUUCAUUUCUAUUCUAUUCUGUUUAUUAAUUCCAUUCUGGAUAUUCUAGAUCAAUUAUUUUAUUUCGCCAGUCUAUUCCAUUUCAUAUCCGGAAUAUAUAUAUAAAUAAAAACACUCAUUAUGUUUGGCCCUUCAACACAAAAAUAAAUCCGAGAUAUAAAAAGGUUUCACCCUGUGCAACAUUGUGUUUAAAUUUCGUCGUCUCGUUCUGUGUUUCGAUUUCGGUUUCCUCCAUCUAAUUGGAGCACUAAAAAACUUAAUAGUAUUAUUAGACAUCCUUAUGCGAAACCAGACAAAUCCUGCUGGGAAGCUAGGCCUUGUGUGUCGACAAAAAUAUCACUGAAGCUGAUGCCGAUGCCGAUGCAGACGAUGAUUCAGAGGAACCAUUCAACCAACCGACAACCAAACGCAAUACAAUCCAAUUUUCAAGAUCGCCACAGGCCGAUUUUAAUGUGCUCCUGGAUCAGAAUUUGUUGGAAGUACAAGGAGGGAACAGUGAUAUUCUAUUUAAUGACCUUGAACUAGAAAUAAACCCACAAGUUUCAAAUUAUGAUAUUUCUUCUGCUGUCACCCCAACACCUGAUGGCUAAAGUAAAGUUCUUGCAAAUCAAGCUAAAAUAAUCAACGAAUUAGAGGUGAUCAAGGAAAUUGUUACGACAGGAAUAGGAAAACUUCUGACACAGGUCGACCAACGAGUCAUAGAUGAAAUCGUAUGGAGACGGCGUUCAAAUGCGAAAU